AAUCCAAAUCUCUCUCGAUCGGCCCAAGAAACUCAAAAGUUAAAUGGAAAAUUUCCCCGAAAAUUGGAUUUCAAUUGUUCGGAGGAAGGCGAAAGUGAUGUGGGAGAACGAACGACUGUGAAAGAGAGGUGUCUUUUUUCGUUGAAAAGCUUGAAAUUUCAGAUUACAAAAGAGUGAGUGAGGUAAGCUUUCGAUUGUUUGGAAAUCAAGUGGAACUCAGUUCUCUUUUAACACCCGAAUAUCUCAAAAGUGUGAAGAUUUAGGGAUCAAAGCUCGAAAGGCAAAGCAUCUCCGUCAGAUCUUCACCGCUUCAAAUCGUAGUCUAACGGAGUGUUUUAUAAAAAUGUCUGUUCAAGAGUACCUUGACAAGCAUAUGCUCUCUCGCAAAAUUGAAGACGCCGUCAAUGCCGCCGUCCGAGCCAAAACUCCCGAUCCCGUUCUCUUCAUUUCUAAUCAUAUGAAAAAAGCUGUUUCUUCAGUGAUAACUAAGGUAAAAGCUCGACAGAUUCUCGACAGCAGAGGAAUUUCUACCGUUGAAGUUGAUUUAUUCACUAACAAGGGGAUGUUCCGUGCUUCUGUGCCUAGCGGUGAUUCCAGUGGGAUGUAUGAGUCUGUUGAACUGAGAGAUGGGGACAAGGGAAUAUAUCUUGGAAAUGCUGUAACAAAAGCUGUUAAGAACAUCAAUGAGAAAAUAUCUGAAGCAUUGGUUGGUAUGGAUCCAACGGUUCAGCCUCAAAUUGAUCAAGCCAUGAUAGACGUGGACAAGACAGAAAAGAAGUCUGAACUUGGAGCAAAUGCUAUAUUAGCUGUGUCAAUUGCUGCAUGCAGAGCUGGGGCUGCUGAAAAGGAGGUUCCUCUUUACAAACACAUAACUGAUAUUUAUGGUAAAGCCAAUUCAACCCUUCCUGUCCCUGCCUUCACAAUUAUCUGUGGCGGAAAACAUUCCGGGAAUAAUCUUCCCGUUCAGGACAUCCUGAUUCUCCCAACAGGAGCUAGAAGAUUUGAGGAAGCUUUGCAAAUGGGCUCUGAGACCUAUCAUCACUUGAAGGCUGUUAUUACAGAAAAAUAUGGUGCAAAUGGGUGUAAUGUUGGUGAAGAUGGUGGCUUCACACCUGACAUAUCUAGCAUAAAAGAAGGAUUGGAUAUUGUCCGAGAAGCUAUUGGCAGAACAGGGUAUAAUGACAAAAUAAAGAUAGGAAUUGGUGCUGCAGCUACUGAAUUUUGCAUAGGUACAAAGUAUGAUUUAGAAUUCAAAUCUCCAAAAUCUGGGAAAAUUUUCAAGUCGGGAGAUGAUAUGAUUCAGAUGUACAAAGACCUUUGUAGUGAUUAUCCAAUUGCUUCUAUUGAAGAUCCCUUUGACAAGGAAGAUUGGGAACACAGUAAACGCUUUUGCGGUCUUGGUCUAUGUCAGGUGGUUGGGGAUGACUUAUUGAUGUCAAAUCCAAAGCGCAUUGAGAGAGCAAUACAGGAAUCUGCUUGCAACUCUCUUCUUCUCAAGAUAAGUCAGAUUGGAACUGUGUCAGAGGCUGUUGAAGUGGUAAAGAUGGCAAAGGAAGCCCGCUGGGGUGUGGUGGUAUCUCAUAGAUUUGGGGAAACUAAUGAUUCUUUCAUCGCCGAUUUAGCAGUUGCAGUUGGCGCAGGUCAGAUCAAAGCAGGGGCUCCUUGCAGAGGAGAGCGAUUGGCCAAGUACAAUCAGUUGCUUCGUAUCGAACAAGAACUCGGUGAUCAUGCAGUGUAUGCUGGAGAAGACUGGAGAUCGUAGUGAUCAAUCUUUUCUUAUGGGGAUUAUAUUGCCAUUCUCUUCUUUGCCUUAAAUGGUUUGAGACCUUGAAAUCGUUGUCGAAUGUACUAAACAAUUUAUUAACUUUCCAGCUGCUUGCAAUUUGUUGACUGUUCUUUUGAUUUUUCAAUUAAUUCACCAAUAAAUAAUAGUCUGAAUGUGUUCUGUUU